UCAAAAGAUGGUGAUCUAAAUUUUCUAAGACUUCAAAGCACAUAUAUUGAAUGGCUCAUCUUUGAGAAAACUCAGAUCGAAUAUGCCUCCUCGUAUUGUCCUCCCACGGUUUUUCAAAGUGCAUCAGGUGUUUAAAAGAUCAGAAAUUUAAUUUUUAAAAUUAAGACACCAAUUCUUCUAGUUUCUUAAGACAGAGCAAACGGAUGGCCUAUCUUAUUAUGCAGAGAUUGGCGGUUAGGAUCGACUGAGAGGAAACACAGAAGACGAAUGUUAAUAAGAAAACCAAAAAUUCUGAAUCCGAGUUUAUGGAGGAAUAUCUGCUAUUCGAGUUCAGCUCAAAUUUCAAAAGGAGAAGUCUAGAAGAAGAAGGUCUUGUUAGUUUUCUUCCAGCUCGAUGCAUUCUGGCAAUACUCUGAAGAUCCUACAAAUCUGAAGGCAGGAAAAUCAACUAUUAUUUCCCAAGAUGAAGACUUAAAUACAGACGAAGUGAUGUCUGACCAACACUAAAAUCAUAUACUACUUGGAGAUCGCUCUAUCGAGGAGAUUUAUGAGCAACGAAAUAUCAAGGCUGAAUAAUCUGUGGGCUAAGGACCAAGAUAAGGGAGUUUAAAGAUAUUAAAAAGCAGAGAAAUAUUGAGGGCUGGAUUAGAGGCUAUUGAUGAAAGAACAAUACAAAUGUAGAUGAGUCUUAAUUCAGUAAGCUAGUCAAAUCCAACUACUCUUGGCUCCCAAAAAGUAUCUCCAAUUUAAUCAUAAAUUCAUGGUGAAGAGGAAGAGCCUCAGUAACCUUCGCACUCCUUUCUAACAGUCAUUGGAUAGCUAUGAUCAUUGGUGGCCCCAAUAACUCAAGGAAGUUCUCUUCUUGCUCAAUAAAUAUGUUAAGCCUUUUAAGAUGAACUGAAUAAGUACCCUGAAGAUGACGUCAUCAAUGCAUCAUUACAUUUGUCUACAUUGAGCAAGACAACAGUAAGAUAUCUCAAAAUCUAGAUGUUGAAAUAAUAUUAGACAUCAUUAAGAGGAAAGCUUCCGUUUCUAAAGAAGAUAAAGUCAUUGAUUCCAGCAAUCAUAGAGGAAAGAAGACCCUUUCAGAAAUUCUUCAUCAGAUUAAGAUAUCAAGAUGCCCUUAGGUGUGGAUGCAAUCUGUAAGAGAAGCUACAAGGGUACUAAUAGUUCCAAAAGAGAAGGCUACAGCAAGCAAGGAGAUUACAUCAGGAGAGGAGUAGAGCAGUUCAACCUCCAAAAUAUAUUAGAAAAUAACACAAGGAUAUCCUUAAGAAAUGGGAAGACGAGGAAGAAACCCUCUUUAGA